GAUCAAUCAGCAACACCUUGUCUCCUAUCUCUCCACAUCUGCAUCUGCUGCGACAUCACCUCCAGCUUCUUCGCGCACCUACAAGCCACAGUCGGUGUCGAGAUAGACGAGCCAAUCGACUCAUCGCCGCUGCUACCCACGACCCGCCUCCAUCUCGCUCGGCCCUGUUGCUUGCGCCCGUGCGAGCGAGGUCAGGAGCCACAGCUCGCUCCUCCCAACCCGUUCAUACCCCACAUCCCCGUCCCUCUUCCUUUUGGCGGCAGUCUUCAAUCGCCAUGGCAUCCUCUACAGCUCUGUAUGGCUCGCCCGAUCCAUCCUCAUCCACUUCACCCCUCACACAACCAUCCAAACGCUCCGUCUCGUUCCGCUCCUCGCCCUCAACUCAGACAAUCUCAGACUUCUCCUCGCACGACUCAACAAUGAGGCGCAACGCCAGCAGCAGCGGCAGUACCAACGGUGGCUCAUCAGGUCUGGGUCAAUCCGCAAACUCAUCGACAAGCACCACACCAUCUGGAUCGACCCUGUCCACCCCGCUCAAACCUGCCCUCAAGCCCUCACCAAGCAAGCUGCCCCCCGCCGAGCAAUACCAGCAUACCGAUCCUUUGCUGCGUCGCCUACGUUUAGUGGACAGCCACGGCAAGCCAGUCAAUCUGAAACGCUACUUCCAAGACUGCAAAGUCGUCGCACUCUACUUCAGCAGUCAGUGGGCGGGCAUGCCGCUCAAGGAGUACCAAAGGACAAUCACAGACUUCCAGUCGAGGCAUCCCCACGAGUUCAAGGUCAUCUACGUCAGCGUCGACGUGGACGAAGAAUGGUACAAGGCGGGCGUAGAGGGGAAGCCAUGGGUCUCGAUGGUCUGGAACGACGGGUCGUCGCUGCCUUCAGAGCGUAGUGGCGGUAGCAACUCAGGAGCGGCUGGGGGAUUUGGAUCAAACCUCAACGCCGCCGCAGCAGGGAAACAGGGCCAGCACUCCAACCAAUCCUCAUCGGACGACGCUAGCACUGGCUCGCCGCCAACGCCCGUGAAUGGUGACGAACUCGUCGACCCACCCAAGCUAUACAAUGAUGAGGACUUCCUCCUCGCAGGAGAAAUUGACAUUGAUGCCAGCCUGUCGCUGACGGAUACGGCGGGCACGUCGUACCUUCGUCCGUAUUCUCGGGUGCACCUGGCGUCCAAGUUGGACCUCAUUGCUGCGCCUACUUUGGCUAUUUAUCACCUGCCGAGCAAGAGACUGAUAGAGCGCAACGCCAGGAUGAGGAGGAUGCAAGAAGGAGAGCGUCAUGAGACGUGGGAGAGAUGGAGUCGUGGCGAGGGGGCAGGCGGCUUGGGAUUGAAAGACGCCGUUGCCAACAACAAGCUGAUGCUCAUUGUCUCGCUCCUCUCGCUCGUCUACUUCCUCCUGGUCAAGGUUGGAGGCGAUCAAUUCAACUUUCUGCCCGGUUUGUUUGAGAAGAUCGGCGAGAAGACGAUCAAUCCUGCCCUGACGCAGCAGCUGCGAGGUGACGGUGGACAGUGACGCAGGAGAACUGUCGUCUGCAUAUCACGGCGUAGGAGGGG